AUGGAAGAUAUCCCAGUUUCUCCAAUUCAUACAAAUGAAUCAUUUCCUAAUAAAUUACCACCAGCAAUUAGUAUUAUUUCUGCUAUUUCAGAAGAUAGAAAUGAGUCAGAAGAAAGUCAAAUUAGUAAAAAAUCAGAAAGUGAUAAUAAAAAAAUAAGACGAAAGAAUAAUGUCAAUGAAGAGACAUUAAAAAUAAUACACAACAUGUAUAUAAGAGGGUAUAAAGCAAAAGAAAUUGCUAUAAUUACAGAAUUAACAAAAAGUACAGUUUAUAAAUAUAUUGAAAGAAUGAAUGAUGAAAAUCCACAACGAGAUGAUAUGAGUAGUUUAAUUAGAAAAAGAGGAAGAAAAAAAUCAGAAAAUACUUUUUUACAAGAUAGAAUUCGUGAUUUUCUAAAUUCAAAUAAUGGAAUGACUUUAAAAUGUAUGAAAGAUAUUCUUAAAGAUGAAGGUCAUGAUAUUUCUAUUAGUUAUCUCUCUAAAAUUAUUAAAAAAAUGGGAUUAGGAAAAAGGGCUAAUCACUCAAUUACUCAAGUUAGAAGAUCUAAUGAGCCAAUUGAAUCGUUCUCAUUACAAGAUACUCUUUCUACUUUUACAUCUCAACAACAAGAUAUGUUACCCCCUCCAACAGGAAAUUUUAGUCAAUAG